AUGCUAUUUGCACUCUCGGCUCUCGCGCUCUCAUCAAGAGUGGUUAGAGUUCCAUACUCAGAGCACUAUUUCCCCUCAAGACCUCAGAAGCAUUACUUCCGUCAGACACCAGAAGAAAACUUCAACUGGAAAGACUUUCUCCCUUCACAUAUAAUUGAUGGUCCAAUUUACAAAGAUUUAAUUCGUUUACAAGAACAAGAAUCCAACUUCCAACUUCCAAAGCACCUUCCAAACGCAACACACAUCAAUAUUUCGCGCUUGGCUAAAAUCAUUGCUCAUCAUAUUGCUACUAAUAAAACUCUUCCAAUGUGGCGUCCUCUCAACUGGACAGAGUUGAUUCGUCCAAUUUCCCUUAAAGGACUUCAGAAGCAGUUCUCUGUUAAGAAACAAGAGGCUAACAGUUAUUUCACAGAAACAAUUCGCCCAAUCUUAAUAAAGGGAACAAAGGCCUACUUUGGACAUAAGAAGAACGAAGCGAACAGCUACUGGACAGAAGUUCUUCGCCCAGUCAUCCUUUCUUCAACAAGAGCUAGACUCGGCCUUCAAGAUGCAGAGACAAACAGUGCUUGGACAAAGUACAUUCGUCCAGCUUUAGUUGCUGGUGCCAAGGCUAAACUUGGUCUUCAGGAAGCUGAAUCAAACAGCGCUUGGACAAAGUACAUUCGUCCAGCUUUAGUUGCUGGUGCCAAGGCUAAACUUGGUCUUCAGGAGGCUGAAACAAACAAUCAUUGGAAGCCCCAUUAUCCAACAGCAGCCCAUGCCCACAAACUCUACUAA